AUGGAUGAUCUCUACGACGAGUUCGGUAACUUUAUCGGGGAGGAAGUUGAGUCGGAGGAGGGCUCUGAGGUUGGCGUUGACGCCGACGCUUACGUAUACGAUGAUGACGAUCACGAUGCAGCUCCAGGUGUGACCGGUCAGGAGCUUAUGGAGGUUGACGAUGGUCCCUCAAAUGCCGUUAUUCUACACGAGGACAAGCAAUAUUAUCCGACUGCAGAGCAGGUAUACGGAGCCGAAGUCGAGACCCGGGUGGAGGAAGAAGAUGCCCAGCCUCUUACGCAACCCAUCAUUGCUCCAGUUGAGCAGAAGAAGUUCAAUAUCGAGGAGGCAGACCUUCCGCCAGUGUUUUUCGAGCGCGAAUUCAUGACCGAUUUGAUGAACCUACCGGAACAGAUUCGAAAUAUCGCAUUCGCUGGCCAUCUUCAUCAUGGCAAAACCGCAUUCGUCGAUAUGUUGGUACUCGAGACACACGAUAUCAGCGAGAAGCUGGACCGCAGGGUUGGAAAGAACCGAGAUGAGCAGUUACGAUAUACAGAUAUUCAUAUCACUGAGAGGGAACGUGGCUUGUCCGUGAAAGCGGCACCAAUGAGCCUCGUUCUGCAGAGCUCUAGGGGGAAGUCACACUUGGUCAAUUUCAUCGACACGCCCGGUCACGUCAAUUUUGUCGACGAGGUUGCUGCAUCUUUCCGUCUGGUAGAUGGUGUGUGCUUGGUGGUGGAUGUUGUCGAGGGAGUCCAGGUCAACACAGAGCAAAUCAUCAAGCAUGCGGUUUUGGAAGACAUUCCGUUGACUCUGAUCAUCAACAAGAUGGACCGCCUGAUUUUGGAACUCAAGCUCCCUCCUAAAGACGCCUAUUUUAAGUUGAAACACGUGGUCGAAGAGGUAAAUAGCGUCAUCGCCGCCGCCGCUCCUUUAUCUGCAGCAUCCAAACGAAUCAGUCCCGAGAAGGGCAACGUUCUUUUCGCUUGCACCGAUAUGGGCUGGUGCUUCACCCUCCAGACCUUCGCCAAGAUGUACACAGAUUCCUAUGGUGAUAUCGACCCAGAAGAAUUCGCCAAGAGAUUAUGGGGGGACGUUUACUUCAACCCAAAGAAGCGAAACUUUACCAGAAAACCUGUGGAAGACCGUUCAGCAAGAUCCUUUGUCCACUUCGUGCUGGAACCUAUUUAUAAGAUUUUUACUCAUUCAAUUAGCGACAGCCCGGAGGAUCUUAAACCAGUACUGGCGUCUCUGGGAAUCGAGCUCAAGCCUUCACAAUACAAGGCUGAUGCGAAAGUUAUCCUCAAGCUUGUUUGCGAGCAGUUCUUCGGCAGCUCAACAGCAUUCGUGGAUAUGAUCGUUCGCCAUAUCCCAUCUCCGGUAGAAGCCUCCGGCGAGUACCUGAAAAAGUACUACACUGGGGAUCUGGAAAGUAAGGUUGCAUCAUCGAUGAUGCUGUGCGAUCAGGAUGGGCCUCUGGUUGUUCACGUCACUAAGCUUUUCAACACGUCGGACGCAAAGAACUUUUACGCCUUUGGUCGUGUAUUGAGCGGUACUGCUAAACCUGGCGAUCAAGUCCGUGUUCUUGGCGAGGGGUAUUCCCUGGACGAUGAGGAAGACAUGGCCAUGGCCUACAUUGGAGGGGUGUAUAUUGCUGAGACGCGGUACAACAUCCCCACAGACGGUGUCCCUGCUGGAAAUCUGGUUCUUCUGAGUGGUGUGGAUAACCCGAUUAUGAAGUCUGCGACGAUUGUUCCGCCCAAGCUGGAGGAUGAUGAGGAUGCCUACAUCUUCCGACCCAUCACUCAUUUCACCGAGUCAGUUCUCAAGGUGGCUGUUGAGCCUAUCAACCCCUCCGAGCUUCCCAAGAUGUUGGACGGCCUGCGAAAGAUCAGCAAAUCAUACCCCUUGAUUACCACCAAGGUAGAAGAGUCGGGAGAGCACAUUGUCCUUGGGACGGGCGAGCUGUACAUGGAUUGUGUUCUGCAUGAUCUACGACGGUUAUAUGCCGACAUGGACAUCAAGGUCUCCGACCCUGUCACCCGUUUCUGUGAGACCGUGGUGGAGACGUCGGCUACGAAGUGUUAUGCUAUUACCCCCAACAAGAAGAACAAGAUCACAAUGGUGGCGGAACAGUUGGAGAAGGGCAUCUCAACGGACAUUGAGACCGGGUUGGUAAAGAUCCGAGACCCCAUCCGCAAGACAGCCACAUUCUUUGAAGAGAAGCACGGCUGGGACAAGCUCGCUGCCCGAACUAUUUGGGCUUUCGGUCCCGACGACAUGGGACCCAACAUUCUGCAGAAUGAUACCCUAUUAACAUCGGCUGAAGAGAAAAAGCUCCUCAACACGGUAAAAGAAUCGAUCCGGCAAGGUUUCAGCUGGGCCACCCGUGAAGGGCCAUUGUGCGAAGAGCCAAUCCGAAAUACAAAGUUUAAAGUCACAGACAUCACGUUGGCCAACGAGGCCAUCUUCAGGGGUGGUGGCCAAAUCAUCCCCACCUCCCGCCGCGCAUGCUACUCGUCCUUCCUCAUGGCGUCCCCACGGCUCAUGGAGCCCCUCUACUCCGUCUCCGUCACCGGGCCCGAGGACUCCUACAUGGAGGUGUACAACGUCCUCGCGCGCCGCAGAGGCCACGUCCUCUCCGACGGCCCCGUCUCGGGCACGCCCCUGUACCGGGUCAACGGCCUCAUCCCCGUCAUCGACAGCUUCGGCUUCGAGACGGACCUCCGCAUCAAGACCCAAGGCUCCUCCAUGGUCAGCCUCGUCUUCGACAGCUGGAGCAUCGUGCCCGGAGACCCCCUGGACAAGGAGCAGAUCAUCCGACCCCUGCAGCCCGCCAACGCGCAGGCGACGGCGAGGGACUUUGUGCUCAAGACGAGGAGGAGGAAGGGCCUGAGCGAGGACGUGAGUGUCAGAACGUUCCUGGAACCCGAGUUCUACCAGUCCCUGAUGGAGAGCGGGCUGCUGGGAGAGAUGUAG